AUGAAGUUCCUUCCACUUCCCGAGUUAGAAGAUGUCACAGGUUCUUUGAACUUUGACACCGCCGAUUGUCAUAUUGUUGGGGGAUGCGACCUGUAUACGACUAAGGCUGCCCGAUCCGAUCGAAAGCUUUACAACCACAUCGAGCAAUCUCUCGAAGCCCAAUACGAGUCAAUUCUUCGAUUUUCCGCAUCCCUAUCUCCUCCCAAUGCCCACGACGCUGCUGAAUCAUUGAAUCUGUCACGAUCGAGUCCAUUCGGCCCCCUGAGCGAUCAUUCAAGUCGUCGGACUUUCGCCUACCUCAUCGCGACUCUAAAUGCCAGCCAUCCAGAUUACGACUUCUCAAAUGUUCUCCGCCCAACCGAUUUUCGUCGAGAGCGGCACCUGAAGCGUGUUAUGAACACUGUCAAUUCAACCCUGUAUAACUUGCGACCACGUGAUUCUGCCGACCUCUCCCCAUCAUCCCCUGCGACUCUCUCAGGUUCAUAUAGUGCCGGAGCCGGAGCCCCUUCCUGGGGUCCGCGGAUGUGGAGACUUAUGGAUGAACACAUGUCUUUGAAGGAAUCCUCGGUAUAUUCGUAUUCCCCGGAGGAAGAUCCCGCAGAUGGAGACGACGGAGCGAUCUGGAGCUUGCACUAUUUCUUUUUCAACCCCCUACGCAAACGCGUCUGCUAUCUAUAUCUUCGCGCCAUUCCAAUUCUGAGCCAUACACCAGAUGAGGAUGUAACUACUCCGACCGGCAAGCGGACCUUUGAUGACGGUUACCUCACUCCGGACCUCAGUUCUAGCAAGCGCGCCCGGUAUUGGCUUGGCAGUCGGGCUGAAUCAUCGCUUCGUCGUACCGACAUCGAUGAGGAUGAAGAGGAUGAUGACCAAUAUAUGCUCAGUGACGAGGAGCUACGAUCUCGCUCGGGCAGCAAGGGCCGCGUACGUGCUAUGAGCGAGGAAAUGAUGGACACGAUGGAAGUUUAA